CCCGGGCUUCCAGGUCUCUCUCCCUCCAGCCACCGAAACCUCCGUUCCUCUGCAGCCCACCCUGCUCACCUUAGGUCCCAGCGGGACUCCAGCUUCCUCGGGGUCUCCCCUUCUCCUGCACCUCCGCAGCCUCAUUCCCGGCACCCGGUCCCCGCCCCCCAAAUCCCUGCAGCCUCGCCGGCCCCCCUCGGCCCCAGGUCCCGCCCCUCGUCCUCCGGUGUCAGCGCCGAUUGUCCUGCGCCGGCUUCCCCGGGCAAACCCAGCUCCUUGCUCUUCUCCCCGCGACAGGCAGGCUCUGCGCGCCCCGCGGAGCCCGGCGACCACCAGCGGCGGCGGCGCAGCGACGGCUGGGGGCCCUGGGCAUGUACGCCCCCGGAGGCGCAGGGCUGCCCGGUGGGCGCCGGCGGAGGAGCCCGGGAGGCAGCGCCCUGCCCAAGCAGCCGGAGCGCAGCCUGGCCUCGGCGCUCCCGGGCGCCCUGUCCAUCACGGCGCUGUGCACCGCCCUCGCAGAGCCCGCCUGGCUGCACAUCCAUGGGGGCACCUGUUCCCGCCAGGAGCUGGGAGUCUCCGACGUGCUGGGCUACGUGCACCCGGACCUGCUGAAAGAUUUCUGCAUGAAUCCCCAGACAGUGUUGCUCCUUCGGGUCAUCGCUGCCUUCUGCUUCCUGGGCAUCCUGUGUAGUCUCUCUGCAUUCCUUCUUGACGUCUUUGGGCCCAAACACCCAGCCCUGAAGAUUACCCGUCGCUAUGCCUUUGCCCACAUCCUCACAGUCCUGCAGUGUGCCACUGUUAUCGGCUUCUCUUACUGGGCUUCUGAACUCAUCCUGGCCCUGCAGCAGCAACAUAAGAAGUACCACGGAUCCCAGGUGUACGUCACCUUCGCCGUUAGCUUCUACCUGGUGGCAGGAGCUGGUGGCGCGUCCAUCCUGGCCACGGCGGCCAACCUCUUGCGCCACUACCCCACGGAGGAGGAGGAGCAGGCGCUGGAGCUGCUCUCGGAGAUGGAGGAGAACGAGCCCUACCCUGCAGAGUAUGAGGUCAUCAACCAGUUUCAGCCGCCCCCGGCCUACACGCCCUAAAGCCACCACCAGAGGGUGCCUGCUUCCUCAGCACCCCCCUCCACCCACUUCCAGAGGCACUCCUGCCCCGGCAGGCCUCACCAGUAGGACCCUGACUCUCGUCACCAGACCUGUCCCAGGACAGACUUUGCCGUGAGACUCGUGUGCACUAGUGACAGCACGCAGCUCUGGAGAUUCAGCAGUUUUAUAUAAUGCAGUCACCCUCUUGCCACCUUCUCUCCUUCAUAGUCACUAAGUCAUUACCAACCAGGGGUGAUCACACAGUGUUCUGUCGUCACGGGCCGUAUCUUUGAGACCAGGCCCUUCCUUGGGGAGCUGCUAACCGUGAACAGCCCCAGGCAGCAGGGACUGUGCCUGGCAUGUUCCUGUCCUUGAGGGUCAAGGUUCCAUCCCUAGCUGUAGCUCGGGGCUUACCCCUGCAGCCUCCCCCACCCCCGACCCUAUCCCUUUUCAGGGGACCACCCACUCUGUGGACUUCUCUGCACUUUAGUCUCUGGACGUCCCCACCACGUGUGUUCUGGUUUUAUGGGGAGAAGGAUUUGCUUUUGGGGAGCAGAACCGUUGGGUGGCUGGAGUCCUGGCAAGGAGAGGACUGAGCCUGGCCUGAAGCCUCCUGGUCCCCAUAAAGGACCAGAGUGAUGGGGCUCUAACUCCCUGGCCCCUUCACCUUUUAAAAACGAGAGUGGUUUUCAAAGGAAAAAAACCAACCCAGCAACAGCAACAAAUACUCUCUUUUUAAACUAGGGACAGGACUGUUGUCGUUUCUCAGAUGUUUCUCCCAUUCCUUUUGGCUCGGCAUCGUUUGUGGCCAUCGCUCCUUCCAGCCCAUACGUGUUCUUCCCAGAACUUCUCCCAGCAGAAUGCAGCCCUCCUCCCUAACCCCCCACUCCCACCCCCGUGCCCUGGCUCCCAGAGGCCUUCCUGUGGACCCAGAGCCCCGUCCCCAGAGGGGCUGAGGACUGUGGCCUGGCUGGCUGGCCAGCAUGGUGCUCCUCAGGACUGUGGCACCGACAGGACCUGGCCUUCCCGCAGGAACACGGGCAGACCCCACUCUCCACAUCGAAACCACAGCCGGCAGGGCCCCUUCACCUGGGCGUCAGAGCCACCUAGUCACAUUCGUGUUCCUGGCUGUGUCCUUCAGGCUCAGGGUAGCCCUGAGACUGUGAUGUGGCAUAACAGCUUACUGCAUGCCUCUCCCCCCCCCUUCUUGAAUGUUCUCUGACCUUGCAGUGUGCUGCUCGCUCUUUCUUGCCCAGCCAUCACCCUGGCUGUCCUGUGGGCCACAUGUGGCUCUGGGUCAGGCUGACUUCCCGCCCUGGAGAUCUGGGUCAUAACACAAGAGAAACCUGAGAAUGAAGUAUGGACCCAGAUGGCCACACUGCUUUGGGAUCAGUGUCCAGUGCUGAGUGCAAGAGCCAUUGACUCCCCAAGGCCGCAGAGACAGCAAAAAAAAGCAGGUGACUGGACAACAACCACGCCUGCCAAGGAUAGGGAAUGUCAUGCUCUUCAUCUUCUUCAGCCAGGCUGCCUGGGUCUGCCGGACAGACGCUUGUGCGGUGAAGACCAUGUCUGCACAGGAGUGACCAGCCAUCUGGAGCUCACUGUGAUGCCAAAGUGUGACCUGGGCGGGGGCUCACAUGCUUCCGACUCUUCUCUUAGGCAAGGACAGCUGUGUGGUACCUGAGCCAGAGCCAACGAGCUGAAUUGAGUCUUGUCUUCUGUCUGUCCAAGUUCGUCUGGGCCAGCUCUCUCCGACUGUGGGUGUCCAAGAGGGUGACCAGCACUGAACACGUAUCAGAGUGACCCGUCAUCUCCUGAGGCCCUGGCAUGGCCCUGUGAACCUCUCGGAACCCACUUUUUAUUAGCUUCCCCAUGCCUCUGCCCUUCCUUUCUCUUUCCCUGCCAUCCUAACACUAAGACUUUGUCAUAUAAAUCCCCUGGUUGUGUUUUUUUUUUUUCUAGGAAAAAAAUUUUAAAAAGCAGAACAAAACAAAAAGACCACAAAUAAGAAUGUAAAUGCCACUGGCUUCCUGUCAUUUUUGGGUCACAGUUUCCCUCAUUUAGUAUAUCCACUUACUCUUAGAGAGGAAGAAGAAAUUAAUUUUUUGUUUGUUUUAUGUUUUGUUUUUGGGUCACACCUGGCGGUGCUCAGGGGACCAUCUGGAGUACUAAGGAUUGAACCCAGGUUUGCCACAUGCAAGGCAAGCACCCUACCUGCUAUACUAUAGCUCUGGCCCAGAAAUUAAUUUUUUUAAUUUAAUUUCUUUUAAGUUUAAGGGAGUUACUUGUGUCUGUGCAGGAGGGUUGUUUCUGCUGAUGCUCGGGUGACUGUGCAGUGCCAGUGAUUGGCAAAGCACAUGCAACACUUACAAGAGCCCCUGUUUUGUGAACACAGUGUCAUGAGGGAAAUGUGUUGACCUGUCUCCUGCAUCCCUGUCUCUCAGGGAUUUUAUGUUAGUUCGUAAGUGGAUCUGUGCAUGAAAAGGCAGCAUGAAGGACUCGGCAGUGAUAGUGAUAGUGGCUAAGAUUCUUGCCUUGCAUAUGGCCGACCCAAAUUUAUUCCCCGGACCCCAUAGAGUCCCCCAAGCCUGCCAUGAGUGAUCCCUGAGCUUCGCUGGGAGUGGCCCCAAAACCAAAAGGAAAAAGCAAAGAGAUGGUAGAAGGAAGUAACAGGCCUACUCGACAGCUGCGGAAACGCUGUGCCAGGGGUAGCCUGAGAGAUGACAUCGACCGUGGAGAGUAUCUGGAGGUGAGGGUGUGCCUGCUGACUGGAUGACAACAGAAGCACAACCGGUGGCCAAGAAGUGACGUGAGGUUAGGUAAGGAGGCUCACUGAAGGCACAAAAAGUGCUGAGGGAGCUGUGGACGUUGAGGAGAGAGGAGAGCCCAGGUUGGCUUUAAUGCCCAGCGGCCAUGUGAAGGCAGGUCAGUCUGGUGCCAAAGAGGCAGAGAGUGCAGGCACGGGGGAGCCUGAGAGCUGGCAACAGCAGGAAAGGCGCAGACACAGCUGGCCCAGGACCCAAGGUCUCAGCCAAGUGUUAAGAGGAGGGAGCCCAAGGGUUCUGGCCCUGCUGGCCCAUCACAUGAUGGCAGACCCAAGCAACCAUGCCUAGAGGCACACACAGGAGGAGUUCCAGAAGGUGAAAGGUGGCAGGGAGAACCUGAGGGAUCUGGGAAAGGUCUCUGGGGAGGAUAGUUUCCUUAGGAUGACUAGGGAACAUUUGUAAGUAACGUGUCACCGUGUCACCGUGCUAUCCCUCUGAAGCCCUAAAGGGAGAAACUGUCACUGUCACUGUCCUCCCAUUGUUCAUCGAUUUGCUGGAGCAGGCCCAGUAGCGUCUCCAUUGUGACAAUUGUUACUGUAUUUGGCAUAUUGAAUAUGUCACGGGUAGCUUGCCAGGCUUUGCCGUGCGGGCGAGAUACUCGGUAACUUGCCAGGCUCUCCGAGAGGGGCGGAAGAAUCGAACUCAGGCAGGCCAUGUUGGCCGCUUGCAAGACAAAUGCCCUACCUGCUGUGCUAUCACUCCAGCCCAAAGGGAGAAAUAGAGGAACAAAUGGAUUGAUGGUCCUUGCUUUUCUAGUUUUUGUUUUUUCCUCAUUUCCUGUAUUUUUUUGGCAGAAAUGGCACUUGAAUGGGCAUUGGAAGCGCAGAGAGGGGGAAACUCUCCUGGGGUCUAUAUGAAAUAAAGGCACUUUGCUAAGGAUUCAGAAUUAAGACACAACGUGUGGAGGGUGAAGCAGUCCUCAGGUGAGACAUCACUGGUCUCUGGGAAGGGAAGGAUUUGUGUGGGGAAACGGUGGAGUCUGUGGCGAGGGACUUCCUAAUAGGGUUCAAGGAUAUAAGCCCGUCAGUCCACCACUUAUCUACUUAGCACCUAGCACCAUAAGAGACCCUUUCCUCUUGGGAAGGCCUAACAAGACCCACUAGCCGCCUCUGGCUUUACCUUUCACCCAGAUUUCUAGUAUGGCCAUUUUAGGUGGGGAAUUUUCUUCUGAAAUAGCCUUGCAGUGGUGGGUGGGUUUUGCUGUAAUAAGAAGGGGAGGUGUCCUUACUCCUUUCCCGUCAUUGCCUCCCUGCACUCUAGGAGAGGGGAGAGAAUGUGCACGUGUGCAUGGUUGCAAAUGGGAGCCCUCACUUCUACUGUGCAGAAAGGCAUUCUGUGUCUCUUGAUUUUUACGUUGUUCUUUUUUUGGUGCGGUGGGGGGCCACACCUAGUGAUGUUCAGGGCUUAAUUACUCCUGAUGGUGCUUCAGGGACCAUAUGGGAUUGAGCCUGGGUUAGCUGUGAACAAGGCAAACACUACCCACUGUACUGUGUUCGUUAGGGCCAAGAGGUUUUCAUUUGUUUUUCACCAACAUUCACUCACUAAAUAUAUUGGAUGCAAUGUGCUCUAUGAAGGAUGUAGUCAUGAACACAUAUUAAUAUCCUCAGGAGCUACCUGUCUAGUCCAUCUGUUGAGGGUAAAGGAACUCUGAUUACUGAGGCUUCAUGAAAGACAAGAGGCCUGACUUGGGCUUUCAUGAGACCACGAUGUAAUGUGAAUGAAAGGGACAGGCUUUGGGAAACACUGAGUUUGUAUUCUGAGUGGGUGUGAUCCCCAGUGGAAAAAAUUCGGUAAAUGGGCUCAGCCUACAAGGACCCAGAAUGCCAAAGUUCUGGCUAGAAUACUUGGAGCUGCAAGACACAAAUGUGUGCCAUCAGUGGAAUUUAUUGUUUCCCAGAACUGAAAGGGGGUCUUGACUAGAUCCCCAGAGAUUAAAAUAUGAUGACAUGAAGACAGUCUUCUUCGCUUCUCUGCUUUAUGGGCUCAAAAAUCUCUCAAAGGUAGUGAAAAUAGUUACCAAAUACCAGGUUCACACCAAACUUCCCUUUUUGUUUGGAAGGGAGGAAUACCCAGCUGUGCUCAGGAAUUACUCCUGGCUCUGCUCAGGAAUCCCUUUCGGCAGGAAUUGGGGGACCAUAUGGGGUCCUGAGACCCCAGGUUGGCUGAAUUCUAAACAAGUGCCCUACUUGCAACAUUAUCUCUCUAAUCCCUAAACUUUCCUUUUUUUGUAGGUGGAGGUUUGGAGACCAGAUCUGGCAGUGCUCAGGCAUUACUCCUGGCUCUGUGCACAGAAUUACUCACAGUGGUGCUCAGGAGAUCAUUUGUUGAUGUUCAGGAUAGAACCUGGGUCAGUUGUGUAAAAGGUGACUUACUCUGUAAUCUCUCCAGUUCCUUUCUUACAUACUUAAGAAAGAUGUUGAGGGGGACUGGAGAGAUAGUAUAGUGGGUAAGGUGCUUGCCUUGCACACUACUGACCCAGGUUCAAUCCCCAGCAAGCCCAGGUCCCCGAGAAAACCCUGAGCACUACUGGUUCCAAAAU